AUGUGGAGGAAUAAGGCAAUUCAUGAGAGAUCUCUUCCAGUGGAGGGUCAAGUUAGCAAAAGCCUUAAUAAGCCGUUUUUGGAGCAUUGGCGGUCCAAUGUUCUAGUGUUGACAAGAGUUCCAGCUAGAAGUAGUGCUAGGUGGUGUUGUCCAAACCAAGGGAAAGGUUUGGGUUUGCAACAACUUGAGGCAUUGGUGAAGAUGGUACAUACCAAGGAAGAAGAGGCUAAGCUCUCUAGCUAUGAAGGAGACAUUAAUGAACUGGAGUCUGUAGAGAAGCUUUUCAAAGAAAUUCUUGAAAUACCAUUUGCCUUUCUACGAGUUGAAGCCAUGCUUUACAGAGAAACUUUUGAAGAUGAGGUGGUUCAGUUCAGGAAAUCUUUUUCAAUGCUAGAGGAAGCCUGCAAGGAACUCAGAUCAAGCAGGCUUUUCUUUAAGUUACUUGAAGCCGUGCUCAAAACAGGCAAUCGUAUGAAUGUUGGAACUAGCAGAGGAGCUGCUAGAGCAUUUAAACUUGAUACCCUCCUUAAACUUGCUCAUGUGAAAGGCACUGAUGGGAAAACUACCUUACUCCACUUUGUUGUUCAAGAAAUACUCCUGUCUGAGGGAAUUAGAGUUUCAGACAGCAUCAUGGGGGUUGAACAGAGUGAAGAAGAUUACAGAAGAAUGGGCCUUGAUCGUGUUUCUGGUCUGAGUACAGAACUCUCCAAUGUGAAAGAGACAGCUACAAUUGACUUGAAUGUUCUUGCAAGCUCUGUCUCAACCCUAUCAGAUGGAUUGGCCAAACUGCAACAUCUAGUACAAAAGGACUUGUGUAUGGAUGAACAAAAUGGAAACUUUGUCAACUCAAAAAGAUUCUUCAUAAAUUAUGCAGAGAAAAUUCUGAAAGACUUGCAGGGAAAAGAAGAUAGGGUCCUAACACAUGUCAAAGAAAUUACUAAGUACUUUCAUGGAGAUGUGAGCAAACACGAAGACAACCCACUUCGGAUAUUUGUCAUUGUGAGAGAAUUUCUGGGCAUGUUAGAUCAUGUCUGCAAAGAGCUUAGAAGCUCUUAA